CAUCCAAAAUGGCCGGCUUUUUGCGCCUGCGUAGAAUACAUCGCGCAGGCAACUAAAUAAUGUACUGACAGGCGGUUCUGCAAAUUACUGUACCAAGUAAUAUAGUGAGUACCAGGCCAGCCACGUUGGAUAAACAGAAGAGGCACCUAUAUCUUGUAAGUGAAUUGUGGCCUGCGAUCUAUGAUGAUUUCACAUGGUCUUAAGAUCACCAAAGAGGACUUUAUUUUUGGUCCAUGGACAGUGACAACAGCCAAAAACCAUAUUAUGAAAUCCAAAGACCUUGAAAGAUUAACAGUGGAAUUGAACUUGCCCUCCCUUCCAGAAAUGUUAUUUGGGGAAAACAUCCUGCGCAUCCAACACAAUGAUGGUUUUGGAAUUGAAUUCAAUGCAAUUGAUGCCUUGAAGAGAAUCAACAACUCUGAGGACACCGUCCAAGUGGCUUGUGCUCGUCAAUGGCAGGAGAGCAGAGUUGGUUCUGAACACCCUCAGGAGGUGGUGAGACCUUAUGACUGGACAUUCACCACAGAUUACAGAGGGACCCUAAUUGGAGAAGAAAUGCAGAUGAAGGUGACAGAGACGACAGAAAGGAUUAAUUUGGAGAAACUGAGGACCCGUGAGCAGAUCAUGUUCUUUGAUGAGGUCCUACUGUUUGAGGAUGAGCUCCAUGACCACGGGGUCUCAAUGAUAAGUGUUAAAAUUAGGGUGAUGCCUACCAGUUUCUUCACAUUGCUACGUUUUUUCCUGCGGGUGGACGGUGUGCUGAUUAGAAUAAAUGAGACACGACUAUAUCAUGAGGCUGGACAGAAGUACAUGUUAAGGGAGUUCUGCACAAGGGAAAGUGGCAUAGCAGAAUUGAAGAGCAUUCCUGCUUCCCUAUUCACCGAUCCGAAUGAGAUUGCUCAACAUUUACCCUUCAAGCUAAGACAAUGCGAGAAGUUGGAACUUCCUGAACGGAAGCACAAAGCUGUUAAUGAACACGUUUAAAAUACCAGUGUUUUCUUCCAGUUUUAUUUCUCAGUGAACUACAUAUACGUAAAUGCCACAAAGUACAGUUGACUUCUUCAAAUAUGGAAUAAUAGAAUAGAAUGUAUGUCAAAUUUGUGUAUUAUUUUCUUUCCAGUUUGUUAUAUUUGAUGGAAUAAAUGGGUCAUCCGUUUGUAUCCCGUUAAA